UGGAGAAGCGAUGCAAGUGUGCAUCUGUGCAGAAACCAGCAGCUAUUGAUGAAAGCGCUUGCUGAUUUCCACAUGUUUGCAUCUCUGUUCUCUUCAUAUGUGUCCAUCUGCAUACAGAUGAUGCAGAUAGAGCUUGUCCAUCCCUUGAAGGAAGGCUUUAUUUGCAUGUGACAUUAAAGUAGAGAGGGAGCGAGGCGGCUUAUUACAAAGCAGGAGGAGGAAAAGCUGAUGCAUAAUGCACCUCUGUGGACAGAAAACAUCAGAGCAGUGAGGCCAUCGGCUGCUUCUGACAGCAUCAAUUCCACUUCCUCAAUCACCUGGCCAAAACUAAGUGUGUGUGUGUGUGUGUGUGUCUGUGUGUGUGUGAGGGGGGUGUACAGGAAAUCACCCUACUGCUGGAAUAUGUAAGUAGUUUGGCAGCUAUAGUGACUGAGCAACAUCAUGUGAGCAGAGAGAGUGAGUGUUUUUUUUUAAUCUAUGAGUGGGAGAGGUUGAGAUCAGGAGAGAAAAAAAGAGACAGAGAGAAGGAAGAAGGAAGAAGGGAGAGAGCAAGUGUGCAGCUCUGAGGCGUUCCAUCAUCCACCAAACUCCUGCAGCUCCCCUCAUCCCUCCCUCCUCCUCCUAGAGAGAGAGAGAGAGGGAGCAACAGAAAGAGAGAGAGAGAGAGAGAGAGAGAGAAUCACGCUUACAAGCCAGCGGAGAAGAGACGUCAAGAGGAGGAUCUACAGAGGGAGAGAGAAAAAAAAUCCUUCCCUCUCUCCUGCUGCCUCUCUUCGUGCAUCCUACGGGCAGCGAGGAGCGAAGAAGAGGAGCGAGGAGGAGCCGUCCAUCCGUCCGUCCGGCUGGCAUAUUUUUUCUACACUGCUUCCUUCCUUUCCCCGCGUUUUCUGAGGCUGUACGACGGUGGGUGGAGCGCAGGGAGAGCCGCCGAGAGCUCAAUCGGUGACACUGCUCCGCAGCAGCAGCAGUAGCAGCAGCUGAAGUAGAAGAAGAGGAGCGUCGGGAUGCUUAACAACCUGACCGACACAGAGGAGGGGGACGGAGGAGCGCAGAGCCAGGGUGAUAGUAACCCCAAGGAGAGCAGCCCCUUCAUCAACAGCAGUGAUGCUGCUGCAGAGAAGAGCCAGCAGUAUGACGGCAAGAACAUGGCCUUGUUCGAGGAGGAGAUGGACACCAGCCCCAUGGUGUCGUCUCUCCUCAGCAGCCUCGCCAACUACUCCAACCUGCCCCAAGGAAGCAAGGAGCACGAGGAGGCUGAGAACAACGAGGCCGAGACAUCGCGCAAGAAACCCGUCAAGGCCCCCCAGCUCGGCACCCUGAUGGGUGUGUACCUGCCGUGCAUCCAGAACAUCUUCGGCGUCAUCCUCUUCCUCAGGAUGACCUGGCUGGUGGGGAUCGGAGGUGUCAUUGGGACCUUCGUCAUCGUCACCAUGUGCUGUACCACAACCAUGCUGACUGCCAUCUCAAUGAGUGCCAUCGCUACCAAUGGAGUAGUGCCAGCUGGAGGCUCCUACUACAUGAUUUCCCGCUCGCUUGGCCCAGAGUUUGGGGGAGCAGUGGGGAUCUGUUUCUAUCUGGGGACCACCUUCGCUGGAGCGAUGUACAUCCUGGGGGCCAUCGAGCUCCUCCUGAUCUACAUAGUGCCAAAAGCAGCUAUCUUCCCCCUGGAGGGUCUGGAGGGUGCCGAGGCAGAGGCCGCCCUGCUGAACAACAUGCGUGUGUACGGGACCAUCCUGCUGUUCUCCAUGGCCACGGUGGUGUUUGUGGGCGUGAAGUACGUCAACAAGCUGGCCCUGGUGUUCCUGGCCUGCGUCAUCCUCUCCAUCCUGGCCGUCUACGCCGGGGUCAUCAAGACAGCAGUCGAUCCUCCAGUUUUCCCUGUGUGUCUCUUAGGCAACCGCACCUUAGUGUCGAAGAAUUUUGAUGUGUGUGCCAAGACCAUUGAGACAGCUAACGGGACAGUCACCACCCAGAUGUGGCGCAUUUUCUGUGACUCACCUUUCCUCAACGCUACCUGCGACAAGUACUUUGCUUCCAACAAUGUGUCUCAGAUCCAGGGCAUCCCGGGGGUCACCAGUGGAAUCCUAGCAGAGAACCUGUUUGGGACCUACUAUGAGAAGGGGGAUCUGAUUGCCAGAACCAACAUGGAGUCAGUGGAAGAUGCUGAUGAUCCUUUGACCAACUCAAACCGCUAUGUGUUGGCCGACAUCACCAGCUUCUUCACUCUGCUGGUCGGCAUCUACUUCCCCUCUGUGACAGGGAUCAUGGCCGGCUCCAACCGAUCGGGAGACCUGCGUGAUGCCCAGAAGUCGAUCCCCAUUGGAACCAUUGCAGCCAUCACCACCACCUCCAUUGUCUAUAUGUCCAGUGUGAUUCUGUUUGGUGCCUGCAUCGAGGGUGUGGUCCUCAGGGACAAAUUUGGAGAAGGAGUCCACGGGAAUUUGGUGAUUGGCACAUUGGCUUGGCCGUCACCAUGGGUGAUCGUGAUUGGCUCCUUUUUCUCCACCUGUGGGGCGGGGCUUCAGAGUCUAACGGGAGCUCCUCGUCUCAUGCAGGCCAUCGCCAAGGACAGCAUUGUGCCUGCCCUUCGGAUCUUUGGUCAUGGAAAGGCAAAUGGGGAGCCCACAUGGUCCCUCCUGCUGACAGCGUGUAUCUGCGAGAUAGGUAUCAUCAUUGCCUCCCUGGAUGCUGUGGCUCCCAUCCUCUCAAUGUUCUUCCUGAUGUGCUACAUGUUUGUAAACCUGGCCUGUGCCCUGCAGACCCUGCUGAGGACUCCCAACUGGAGACCUCGCUUUAAGUUUUACCACUGGACUCUGUCAUUCCUGGGGAUGAGCUUGUGUCUCACUCUAAUGUUCCUCUGCUCAUGGUACUACGCUAUCGUCGCCAUGGUAAUUGCCGGCUCCAUCUACAAGUACAUCGAGUUUGCAGGUGCGGAGAAAGAGUGGGGUGAUGGGAUACGAGGUCUGUCUCUGAGCGCUGCACGUUACGCACUCAUGCGGCUGGAGGAAGGUCCCCCUCACACCAAGAACUGGAGACCCCAGCUGUUGGUGCUGGUCAGUACAGAUUCAGAGCAGAAUGUGGAGCAACCUCGUCUGCUCUCUCUGACCAACCAGCUGAAGGCAGGAAAAGGCCUGACAAUCGUGGGAACAGCUCUGGAGGGAACCUUCCUGGAGAACUCCGACCGGAGUCAGCGUGCAGAGCAGGCGCUGCGUAAACUGAUGGAGACGGAGAAGGUGAAGGGCUUCUCUCAAGUGACGGUGUCCUCAAACUUACGUGAUGCCACUUCCCACCUCCUCCAGGCCAGUGGGCUGGGAGGCCUGAAACAUAACGCUGUGCUGGUUUCCUGGCCACGCAACUGGAAGCAGGGAGACGAGAACCAGACCUGGAGGAACUUUAUUGAGUUGGUCAGAGAAACCACAGCUGCUCACUUGGCUAUGCUCGUACCAAAGAACAUCUCAGCCUUCCCGUCUAAUGGCGAGCGCUUCACUGAGGGUCACAUUGACGUGUGGUGGAUUGUGCAUGAUGGAGGCAUGCUGAUGCUGCUGCCCUUCCUUCUCCGACAGCACAAGGUGUGGAGGAAGUGCAAGAUGCGCAUCUUCACCGUGGCCCAGUUGGACGACAACAGCAUCCAGAUGAAAAAGGACCUGACCACAUUCCUCUAUCACCUCCGUAUCGACGCCAUGGUGGAAGUUGUAGAAAUGCAUGACAGCGACAUCUCGGCCUACACUUAUGAGAAGACUCUGGUGAUGGAACAACGGUCGCAGAUGCUUAAACAGAUCAACCUGACCAAGACCGAGCGUGAGAGAGAGAUCCAGAGCAUCACUGAUUCAUCCCGCGGGUCUAUCCGCCGUAAGAAUCCGGCUGCUGUGACCACCCAGCUGAGUGUGACCGAGGAGCCGCCAGCAGCCAGCACGGAGGAAAAGCCUGAGGAAGAGUCAAAGUCGGCCUCUUCCCCUGUUUCCACCCCUGCUCAGGUCCAGCUCAUCCACGACAACACCAACCCAGCCAGCCCCGCAACCCCAGCCACCCCAGUGACCCCUGGAGAGGGGGCUAAGAGCCCCGGAGAGCAGGUCCAGAUGACCUGGACCGAGAAGCUUGACGGGGAGCCUGCCAAGCCACCGGGCGCAGCCACACCCGAGGGCAUCAAAGACAUCUUCAACAUGAAGCCAGAGUGGGAGAACCUGAACCAGUUCAAUGUGCGUCGUAUGCACACAGCACUCCGGCUGAAUGAAGUCAUCAUCAAGAAGUCCUCGGAGGCCAAGCUAGUCCUCCUCAAUAUGCCCGGCCCACCCAAGAACAGGACAGGUGAUGAGAACUACAUGGAGUUCCUCGAGGUCCUCACUGAUGGUCUCAACCGGGUACUCCUGGUCCGCGGGGGCGGCCGGGAGGUUAUCACUAUCUACUCCUGAAAGAGCAGCCCCUAUCCCCGCUACUCCCCCCUUCGCUCCUCCCUCAGCCCUGCUCCUGUGUCACCUGUACUCCCACCCUCUCAUCAGCCCUGUUUCAUCAUCACGUCCCUCUUACCGUUUCUUUCCGUAAGAUAGUCUUCUCACACCUAACCAAUAGCCCAGCUCAGCUUCAGCACCUCUCCCUCAGCUACAAACCCUUCAUUCUAGUCCAGUAAGCUACUAUAACUGUUGUAGGCUUUAGACUUAUUUGGAUGCUAUCUAGAUUUGUUCUUAAAGAGGCUUUCUUCCCUUCAGUAGUCUGUAACCUGCUGUAGUAACUCGCUUUGAGUCAGGAGGAGGAGGAGUGGGUGGUGUUGGUGUUGGUGGUGGGUUGUUAGCUGAGGUGUGAGCGCACAUGCAUGUAUGUGUCUGUCUUUGUAGAAAUCUGCAGUUUUUUGGUUGUUGUCCUUUUUUUUUCUUCCUCUUUUUCUUUUUUCAAAUACAAGUGUGGCAUAGCAGCGGCUUCUGCUCGAGAAGACCGAGAGCCGGCUGAAAUGAGCUCAGUGUUGGAUUUGUCUGUUUAGUUUUCCUCGUUGUGAUCGGACACCUCCCACAGCGCUCCAGCCUGUUUGUCUUUAUGUGAUUUUAACUUUCAAGGCAAAAAGACACUGCUACCCCACGGUCAGGACCACCAGCUGGAAGAAUAUGAACUGUGACAUUCACAUCGAUGUUCCAAGAGGACUGAAAAGUAACGUGGAUCAAAAGUGCAGUAUUCUCUCUCUAACCUGAUCACUUCCUUAGCAUGGCAUCCUUAUAACUGUGUGUUUUUACUCCACUUAAUCUGUCUUUCUACUCAUCUUCCUUUCAACUGAUUUCUUAGUGGCUGUUUAUCCCCGGGGCCACUGUUAGUGCCAAAAAAAAAAAAAGAUACAAGGCUAGCUUAGUCUGUAGAUUGACACGUAAUUAAACUGUGAAUAGUGUGUUUCCUAGCAGAAGGCUGGCGUGACAGCAAAGUGGGGAGACAGUUAAACACCCCCCCUACCCACCACCCUAUGGAGAGUAACAUUGCCAGCACUCCCUCGACCGACGUGUGGAUCACUGUAAAUAAUGUACAAGCUCUGACGCGUUGUUCAGUAUGAGUGUAGUAUUUUUUGUGACAUACAAAAAAGCUUCUAGUGGAGAGGAAACGGCUCCUUCGCUCAGAGGGACAGCUCAAAAAAGGCUGUUUUUAAAAAAUAUAUAAAUUUAUUUAUUUAUUUAUUCAUUGGAUGGCAUAGGCUCCUGUCACUAUGGUAACUGUCAUUGUAACCUCAACAAGCACUGCACCUGCACUGUCCUCCACUGUGCAACAAGUGACAUUUUGAUGAAUUCAUCCAGUUCAUGAAAUGACGAAGAAAAAAAAAAUACUAAAUGUUAUUUUUUCAUCUAGAGAACAAAAUAUGUAUUUAUGUUUAUAGACAGAUGUUACACAUAUUGAUACACUAGUUUGAUGUCAUUGUUUGAUUGUCACUCAAAGAUAUAGUGUUGUUUUGCCUAAUUUAUAUUCAUUAAAUGUGCCAUAUCAAAGUAUUUUUCAAGGAGAAAUAGUGAACAACAAUUCUUUUGCUUAAAUUAGAAUGAACAAAGAGCGCUAAAGAGACAAAUCUGAGGUGAUUAAAGUAUGGUGAUGACACUGCUCCAGCCUAUAGAUGAUUCAAGAAUAGAUGUUCAGACCUUUCACUUAGAUUAUGAACAUGUGUUGCUUGUUCCUUUAUAGGUUGUAGUCGACAAAAAGAGAGAGAGAGAGAGAGAGAGGACAAAGGCUUCUGUAGCUAGGAAACUCACUUUGUCCAGCAGACUGAACUCUAUGCAGUAGACUCUCCUGUGAGAUUUUAUAUCCUCUAGAUUGGUUAAGAUUUGAGCCACUCGCGUCCCUGACUGAAUGACUUGUGAGCUAAUCUUAUUUAGGUAAAAAAAAAAAAAAGCAUCUUGGAAGGAAUGUGCAAUUAUUGGAAAUCCGGAUUCAUGUGAUCAUGUUAUUUAUUUUUUUACACAUAUUUUGUAUAUGUAGAUUUCGUAAGUCUAAAAAAAAAAAAUCCAGAAUCAUCUCACUCUGACCAAGGACAGCUGUCACUUUACUUUGAUUUCUUUUCUUGAAGAAACUGUUUUUGGUCAUUUGCACUUGUAGUAGAAAUAUGAAUAUAAAUAAAUACGUAUAUAUAUACAGUAUAUACUAUAUAGGGAAGCAAAACAAACUAGUUUCUAGAACUAUUUAAAAAGCGUAUUCAAUGUUUUUAGUGUUGCUUGAAUGUCUGACCAUAUGUUGUGAAUGCUGCUAGUAUCUAUAGAUUUAUUUGUACUGUAAAUAGAGAUGACUAAAGCAACAUUAAAGAUCAAGUGGAAAAGGGUAAAGACAUACAUAUCAGAGGUGGUGGUUGUCAAACAAAGACAAGGCUGUACCUGGAAACAUUUGGCCUGUGAUCUCUGACAGGGUUAGCUUUCUGUUUCAUUCGAAAACUAUGGAAUAUCUUGAUGCAAUAUUACACCUGAGGGCCAAUCCUCCACCCUUUUAUUGUCUUAAAAAAAAGCUCUCUCAAUGAUUAUCUCUUAAGUUCAACAAGACAAUUUUAAGAUACUAAUUUACGUAGUUUACUUAAAGAAACACCUAAAUAUGUUUAAAUAGAAUAGUUUAUUAUCUGCUAAAAGUUGCUCUUCACACAUUUUUCAAACAUCUACCUAUAACACUGAAGAAGCAGCCACUCCUAGUUUGCAAAGAUUUUCAGUGCCAAGUGAUGAAGAUUUCCUUUAAUGUCCUUGUCACACUGAACUCUAACAGAGGGGUUGUUUAGAGCUCACAUCAGUUUUUUGAAGAACACUGCUGAUUUGGGAUUGUCUCCACAAACAUUGCCUGCAUCAACUGAGCCUUUUAAAAAUGUAUUCUAAAAAAAGAGAAGAUAUCUGAUGUUUAUUGGAGACGUUUAUUGGAAAUGAAUUUAUUUAUUGAAUUAUACAUGUUUUAUAAUUGCUGUUUGCAUGGUACUAUGUGGCAAUAUUUGUUUUAGUGGUUUCUAUAGUGAUGACUUACAUGUUACUGAGAAAGGUGCAGAGCGGGAUGAAAGGUUGUCCAAUUUUCACACAAAGUCAGAGCUUAUGAGAACCCUGAAGUGUUUGCCGCUCGGUUGGCGAGGUGGCUACACCUUGAAAACAAGUCUUUUGCAAAAAAAUAAGAAAAAGUAUGAGUUCACUAUAUUGUUACUUGUUAUACUUCAUUCUUGCUCAAGCAGUCUUAUGUAACAUAAUAGGAGACUUUGAGUUUGCGAAUGACUGGGCCUUAGAAAUGGUCAUUUCACCUUUGUAAAUAUAUCUCACUAAAGUCAGAGACACUGUAACCUACCUGUGUUGUCUUUUGUUGUACACUGUUCUAUCACUGUGGGCAAAGUCUUAGAUUUUUGUAUGAUCAUUUGCAAUAUUGUUCUCACAUUGUUCUUUUUGCUUUUUCAUUUGUCACUUUGUGUUCAUUUUUUUUUCUUAUAGACCAACAGAGGCGUCAGUAGUCGUCAUCAGAAUAUUUGUCACCAGGUCUUAUGGACAAUAAAGAUUUACAUUGUUCAUUCCAAAUGUGGCUGAGACGGCAAAGCACUUUACACUGAGGGGGGGUCAUCUGUGACAGGGUGAGUCUGCAGGAGCCUGUGGGCUCUGUACAGACUCAUCCCACAGUGAUCUCCAGUGGCAUACGAGUGUAUUCCAGCCAGCUGUGGCGGUCUGACACUUCAGACGAUAAAAAAUAUGAUUAAUACCCAUCAGCCUGCAGCAGUUAUAAACUGCAAUAACAGAAACCUACCUGCUGAUUUUUUUUUUUGCAUCAAAGCAUUAAAGCAUGCAUCACACUCUUUACUUUCUCUUGCCAAAAAUUUUAAAAGAAUAAUAGUAACUGUUAAAUUUAUAGUCAGUUAUCAAUCUGUGAGGUGAGCCUUUCCCACAUCCCCCCCCCCCCUCAAAACCAUCCCUCUCCUUGACCUAUCUGCCCCCCAAAAUCCCCCAGCCUCCCCCAUCCCAGCCACUGAAUCACCCCAGCUCUGUAUUUUAAAUGUGAUUGCAGUAUAAUUCUGAAAAAUGAUCAAAGAAUAUAAAACUUGCGC